AUGCCGGAGGAGGCGAAGCUCAAGUUUGAAACCACAAAUCCCCUGUAUCCUGUCAUGGUCAGGUUUGGCAGCACAAUCCACGAUAAAUCCAAGCAAACUGUCCUCUUCUGGAGAGAUUAUCUAAGGUUCUUUGUGCAUCCAGAGUUUUACUGUCCUGAUAAACCCCAAGAGCUCAGGGAUCUUAUAUCGGAGUAUUCUCAAAGAACCAGAGAUUUGGCUAGCAAAUUACUCCAAGGAAUAACAAGGAGCUUGGGCAUGGAAGAAGACUACAUCCAGAAAGCCAUGGACUUGGAUCAUGGCACCCAAAUCUUCGCUGCAAAUUACUAUCCACCCUGUCCUCAACCUGAAUUGGCAAUAGGCAUACCACCUCACACAGAUCAUGGCCUCUUGACCUUUCUUCUGCAAAAUGGAGUUGGAGGCCUUGAGAUACAAUACAGAGGCCAGUGGUUCCACGUUAAUGCCCUUCCCAACCCCAUUUUCGUCAACACAGCCGAUCAACUCGAGGUAUACUAUUCGAGUUUUACUGAGCAGGGUUGA